CACCCCCUCCCCCUCGUUAUUAAUAACCUCUGGGCCAGGGGGCGGGGCUUAAAGUAACUCACAGUGUCAGACAGUAGCACAGGAACCAGUCAGGAGGCAGCACCGCCUGUGAUGUCACCACCUUGUUGUCGUUGUGUCCCCAAGGCGGCAGCCCGACGCCCCGAGGCCGGGAUGGGAGGGGAGGCGUGUCCUCACAAGCUGGGAUCGACCAAUCACCUGCGACUUCUCCUCUACAUCCUCAUCCCCACCGUCAGCCUGCUGGCAGCUCUGCUGCUGCUGGGACUCGCACUCACAGGUAUCUUCGGCAGCAGCCUGCUGGACUCCAGCCCGUUGCCAUCCCCGGAGCCCAUCGCCGACAGCUGCCAUGAAAACAGCACAAACUCUACGCCUUCCUUUGAUAUUGAAAACAUCACAAACUCUCUACAAAACCACAGCGAGGGUGACAUCACAUACGGCGCCGGCACACCUGCUGCAACCACCGGCGCUCCUCUCACCUCCUCCUCCUCCUCUCAGGCCCCGCCCACACUGCCAUACACACAGCUUCCUGAUUGGCUGACCUCUGUGACAUCACUGAGCACCGCCUGGCCGAUCAGCAGCACCGCAGCACCUGACUCAGGUAGCUGUCAGCUGAUUGUGGAGCCUCAGUGUCACAUGUUGCCCUACAACCAAACAUGGCUGUCCUCCUCCGUCGCCGUGGUGAAGAGCUCAGACGUCGACAUGUUGCUAAGGUUCUUCAGCUACCUCAGCAGACUGUCCUGCUACAGACACAUCAUGCUGUUCGGGUGCUCGCUGGCGCUGCCCGAGUGUUUCGCCGCUGAUGACACGCACAACAGGCGGGUCGUGCUGCCCUGCGCCUCGUUCUGUGAGGCGGCGAGGGAGGGCUGCGAGCCUGUCCUCCAGAUGUUCAACGCCUCCUGGCCCGACUUCCUUCGCUGCUCGCAGUUCAGCAAUGCCACCUUUGCUUCAUCGCCGCCAUCGUCAUCAUCGCCGCCAUCGUCAUCGCCAUCAUCAUCAUCAUCAUCGUCAUCACCUUCGCCGUCAUCGUCUCCCAUGUCGACAGCCUCCCCCGCCCCUCACGCCUGUUACACGCCACGACAGAUCAAAGGAAAACCCUCUGUGUGUGGCGGGAAGGACCACUACCUGUGCGCGACGGGGAUUUGCGUCCCCCAGAAGCUGGUGUGUAACGGCUACAACGACUGUGACGACUGGAGCGACGAAACACACUGUGUGUGUUCUGAUGGAGAGUUUCGCUGUAGCACCGGCCGGUGUCUCUCGCCCGCUCUGGUGUGUGACGGUUACGAUGACUGCGGAGACCUGAGCGACGAACUCAGCUGUGUGUGCCAGCCGGUCCGGGAGCACCGCUGCGGGGACGGCCGCUGCGUGUCCAGAGACUGGCUGUGUGACGGCGACCACGACUGUCUGGACAAGAGCGACGAGGUCAACUGCUCCUGUAAGAGUCAGGGUCUGCUGGAGUGCAGGAACGGUCAGUGCAUCCCGUCGGCGUUUCGAUGUGACGGCGAGGACGACUGUAAGGACGGCAGCGACGAGGAGCACUGCAGCCGAGAGCAGACUCAAGGUGUGUGUGCUCCCGGUCAGCCCAGCUGUAUCUCCACUUCCUGUCCGUCAGUCUGCAGCACCAACUGCGACCCCCGAACCAACAACAACAACAACAACUGCACACGCUGCGAGCCCAUCAGCCUGGAGCUGUGUAUGAACCUGCCCUACAACCUGACCAGCUACCCAAACUACCUGGGCCACCAGUCCCAGAGGGAGAGCUCCGUGUCCUGGGAAUCAUCCCUGUUCCCGGCCCUGGUCCAGACCGGCUGCUACCAGUACCUCAUGUUCUACGCCUGCACACUGCUGGUCCCCAAGUGUGACCCAAUCAGCCUGCAGAGGGUCCCGCCCUGCAGGUCUUUGUGUCGUAGUGCGAAGGAGAAGUGUGAGUCGGUGCUCGGCAUUGUGGGAUUGCAGUGGCCCGAAGACUCCGACUGCAGCCAGUUUCCAGAGGAGGGAAACUCCACCUGUCUGCUGCCAGAGGACGGAGUGGACGAGUGCUCCCCCAGCCACUUUAAGUGUCGCUCGGGACGAUGCGUCCUGGCAACCAAACGCUGCGAUGGACACCUGGACUGUGACGACCACAGCGACGAGGACAACUGUGGCUGCUCUGAGCGCGCUCUGUGGGAGUGUCCCGGCAGUAAGGUGUGUAUCAAAGCCAGCAUGAUCUGUGACGGCUUCCCAGACUGCCCCCUGCUGGUGGACGAGGCCAACUGCUCGGUAUGCAGAGACAACGAGCUGUCCUGUAACAACCAUCAGUGCGUCCACCGCACGCUGUGGUGCGACGGGAAGAAACACUGUUCAGACAGCUCCGAUGAGUGGGACUGUGUGUCUCUUUCGGACCGCUCUGGCUCGGUGCUGACCGUGUUCAGGACGGCUGCAGAGUAUCAGGUCUGUGCCGACGAGUGGAACCACGAGCUCAGUAAACUGACCUGCAACCAGCUGGGACUAGGGGUUCCCUCCUCUGUUGUCAUGGUAGCGGACCACCCCGGCGUCCCGGGGCGGCGCCGCUGGUUACACGUCCAUCCUGAUUGGAACCAGAGGAACGGAUCGGCUCUGCAGGCCCGGCUGGAGAAGAGGAGUCAUGCGUGUCAUUCCAGGAGGAGAGUCUCGGUGCUGUGUGACAGAGAAGAGUGCGGGCUACGUCCGGGGGUGGGCGUGGCCCCUCACAGGAAGAAGAGGAUUCUUGGAGGGCGUGUGUCCCGGCGGGGGGCGUGGCCGUGGCAGUGCUCGCUGCAGAGUGGGCAGAGCGGACACGUGUGCGGCUGCGUGCUCAUCGCCCGGCGCUGGGCGCUCACCGUCGCUCACUGCUUCGAGGGGAGGGAGAGUGCCGAUCUGUGGAAGGUGGUUCUGGGUCUGAACAACCUCGACCAUCCCGGCGUUCACAGUCAGAGCCGCGGCGUUCGUUCCAUCAUCGUACACCCGCGUUACAACCGCGCCGUGGUCGACUAUGACAUCAGUGUGGUGCAGCUGGAGUCAGAGGUAGAGGAGACGGCAUUUGUCAGACCCGUGUGUCUGCCGCAGCCCGACCAGUUGCCGUCUCCGGACUCCUACUGUUACAUCACAGGCUGGGGCCACAUGGGCAACAGGAUGCCCUUUAAGCUGCAGGAGGGGGAGGUUCGGAUCAUCUCUCUGUCUCAGUGUCAGUCUUACUUCGACAUGAAGACCAUCACUCCCAGGAUGCUUUGUGCCGGCUACGAUGCUGGAACUGUCGACUCCUGCAUGGGCGACAGCGGCGGCCCGUUGGUGUGCGAGGAGGACGGCGGCCGCUGGACGCUGUUCGGCCUGACGUCGUGGGGCAGUGUGUGCUUCAGUAAAGUGCUCGGCCCCGGAGUCUACAGCAACGUGACGCACUUCAGCUCCUGGAUCCAACAGCAGAUCUACAUCCACACGUACCUGAGCGACUGACACACACACA